CUUAGACUCCAGUCCUGUCCUCUGGAACACUCACCUGUCACCUGGCUCUCUCUCUCUCUCUCUGUCUGUCUCUACCCAACUAAGGAACGUGGGCCGUCUGAGUUAGCAGGCCUGCGAAGGAUGGAGGGCAGUCUGCUGCUGCUGUGUCUUGUGAUCCUCUUCGCUGGAGCUCAAAGCCAAAACCGAAUCCCGAGCAUUUCAACAACUCUUGCCGAAGUAGUGGAAGAUACUCCAAUAAAUGAGUUUGCCUUUCAAAUAGAAGCAUCUGAUCCUGAUUCUGACCCACUUACAUACAAGAUUGAAGGGACAAAAUCAAGCUACUUUAAUGUCGACCCAAACACAGGGAGAGUAACCGUCCAGAACCCCUUGGAGAGAGAUGAUGAGGACAAGGGUUUAUUCACUAUCGGCGUUGUGGUUUCUGACGGUGUUUAUACAGUUCGCAAAGAAAUUCAUAUAGUCAUAACAGAUGCGAAUGAUAACCGACCCAUAUUUGAAAAUGCACCUUACAACGAAAAUGUCAAAGAAAAUACCGCCUCGGACACUCUUCUGUUUCAAGUAUCUGCCAAAGACGUAGAUGCUGGACUUGCUGGUGUUGUAAAGUACAGCAUUGAUGAGGCUAGUCCAAAUGAUGGACUAACUCAUUUUUCUAUCAAUGAGUAUAAUGGCGAAGUCAAACUGAUUAAAACACUGAGUUUUACCAGUUUGAGCACUUUCUAUCGGUUGAAGAUCAAGGCAACAGAUGGUGGAGGCCCUGUGUAUAAUGAAGGAACUGUUUAUCAGUCCAACACUGCCUUUGCCUUCAUCACCGUGGUGGACAUCCCAGACCUGGAUCCACAGUUUCUAAGCACUCCUUACGCGACCACUGUCAAUGAGCAUUCUCCUGUGGGCCAGCCUGUGUUUAAAGUGCAAGCAAUUGAUCAGGACACAGGAAUCAAUGAUGCCAUCACCUACAGCAUUGAAGGUACCAAUGACCUGUUUGAGAUCACAGCCAGUGAUGGAAUCAUAUCUGUCAAAGGUGAUAUCGACCGAGAGGCUUUGAUGGAUAUCAAUUUCGUCGUCGUCCUUGAAGUGACGGCAACGGAGGAGAAUCCAAGUGUCCUGGGGACCCAAGCCCACACCACUACUGAGGUGCGGAUUACCAUCGGUGACAUCAACGACAACAAGCCUAAAUUUUAUAGCUGCGGUGUGAAUCCCACCGAUCCCUGCGUGGAGGCCAGCAGCUUCACGGCCAACAUCUUUGAGCACUCCUCCAUGGGUGUUCCAGUCGACGGCCUCAACAUCAAAGCCAAAGAUCUGGAUCAGGGAGACAAUGGAAGAUUCAAACUAAGCCUUGCCGGACCAGACAAGGAUGCGUUCAGUGUGUCGCCACAGAUUGCCUACUCAGAAAGCCUAGUUCAGAUCAUGGUCAAGAACUCCCAGGCUGUGGACUACGAGACGAAGACAUCAAUGGUUGUCCAGAUUAUCGCCGAGGAUCUCUCCAACACGGUAGACUGCUGUUCCACGGCCACAGUCACCAUUCAGAUCACAGACAUUAAUGACAACAGCCCCACGUUCCCCAAAGAAACCUACGACCUCGAGGUUGAUGAGCACAGUCCUAAUGGAACCGCUGUGGACACGAUAACAGCAACCGAUCCCGAUACUAUGGAUGAAGACAGCAUCAGAUACAGACUUCUUCCAGACAGCAUACUAAAGUACUUCGAUGUGGAUGCAAAGACAGGGCGCAUCUUUGUGACAAACAGCAAACUGAUUGACCGCGAGGUCAUCUCCCUGCAUUCUGCAACUCUGCAAGCAAGAGACCAGGCCAACAACACGGGGACCACCGUGUUACAAAUCACACUGACAGACAUCAACGACCAGACACCACAGUUCAACAGAGAAUCCUACAUCGACUUUGUGAAAGAGGGCUCAAACCUGAGAAUUCAAGUACAGGCUACUGACAGAGAUGAGCCACCCAACAGCGAGAUCGAGUACGGAAUAGUGACCAGUGACUACAGUGCCAACUUCACCAUUGACCCCACCACAGGCUGGUUGGAGAACAAUGGCCCGCUAGACAGAGAGGCCAUGCAGGACGAGGAUAAUGGGCAGGUUAAGUUAAACGUGACAGCAACUGACAAAGGCAGCCCACCACUGUCCACCUGGGUGCCAGUCGUCAUCAAUGUGGAGGACAUCAACGACAACAAACCGAAGUUUAGAAAAACGUCUUACAAAUUCUCAGUGGAGGAGGGGAAGAAAGCUGAAUUCGUGGGCUCCGUCCAGGCAGUGGAUUUAGACAAAACCAUCGACCACAACCGCAUCUCCUUCAGCAUCGUCAGCGGAAGCUUCGGACAAUUCAUCAUCCGCACCUUCAACGACCAACCCGACGGUUACAUCGGUAACAUCACGGUCGACCCGGACAUCGAGCUAGACUACGAAAGCAGCGUCAAUACCUUCAGUCUGAAAGUGGAGGCCAUGGACCUGGGAUCGAUGAAGGACACCGUAACCGUGGAGGUGACAGUGUUGGAUGUGAAUGAUGAGAGGCCCCAGUUCAAGCCCAUCGGCCCGCUGCUCGUAAAGGAGAACACCACUAUCACUGAAGCCGUGGGAAAGAUCGAGGCGGUGGACCUGGACAAAAAUCACUCUCUGGUCUACCAGCUGGUCUCCAGUAGGUGCCGCUGUAAUGGCUCCCUGGAUCUGGGCCCCUGCUCAGAGGACUGGUUCAACCUGGAGCCCACAGGGGAGAUCAUGCUCAACAAGGACUUUGUGAUCGACUAUGAGAUGUGUGACCAGGUUGAGCUGAAGGCCCAGGUGGUGGAUGAGUUCACCCAGAAAGGGGAGAACAACAGCGCAACACCAGGGAUUAUUGUGAUAAACAUUGAAGACAUCAAUGACAACGCCCCUGCCUUCGACACAACAGAGUCCUUCUAUGUUGUGGUGUCAGAGAGUGCCUCUGUAGGCUCAGUAAUCGCCAGUGUCACUGCCACAGACCGUGAUUCCGGGAAAAAUAGGCAAAUGACAUUUUCGAUAACAACUGUACAAUUCUGGGACGCCGUCAACAAUAAAACGACCAACGUGGAUAGAGUGUUACGAGUUGUCACCACACAGGAAGACGAUAAAUACGUCGGAAAUAUUCAGAACAAUGAAGUGCUAAAUAUCGAUGUAAAAGGAAAGUAUCUGGUGACAGUUGGGGCAACUAACACUGAAGAACCGAAACUCUUCUCCGAAACCAAACUGGAGAUUUUCACAGUUGACAGGAGCUUAAAAGUGGAGCUUUUAUUUUCAAGAACAGUGGAAGAAGUUAAAGCGGCCCAAAGUCAGAUCGUACUGCUUCUCACCGCAGCAACACAGACGAAAGUGGAAGUGGUAAAGGUUAGGGCUGGCAAAGACAGUCUGGAAACCAGGGCGACUGUCAAUACUGUGAUGGAGGUGUACUUUGUGAAUGCCAAUGGAACGGCCCUCGACUCUGCCUCUGCCGAGACUAUUCUGUCCAAUAGUGAUGAACGGUUCAAAUUACAGAUUGAAUAUGGCCUGAAAAAUAUAGGGGGGACUGUGGUGACAGAGAAGAAGGUGGAUCCAGUACUGUUCGUUCUGUUGGGGCUGGUGGCGGGCCUCAUCAUCGUCCUGGCUGUCAUGACAACAUCUCUCGUCUGCACCCGCAGGAGCUACAGAACGAAGCUGAAGGCAGCUAAAGCCAUGAACUCAGCAGCCAAGGUGGUGACUGGUGGAGAUGGGAAGAGUGGGCCUGUCGUUCCUGGAACCAACAAGUACACCAUGGAGGGGGCUAACCCUGUGCUCAACCUGAACAUCGACACAGCCACAGACCUGGGCUUCGACGAGGAAGGAUCUAACGCAGACAGAGUCAGCCUCAAUUCCUUGGACUACAACAUGGACAUGGUCAUGUCUGACAAGGAUACAAUGCCCAUGAUGAUGAUCCAGGAGGAGGAUGAGGAGUGGGGAGCAGAUAACGCCUACAGCGAGCCUCUAGGUGAAGCCUUGGCCCAGCGUGGCAGGAAGAAAGACAACGACAGCCCUAGUUUCUCCUUCGCCAGCCCUUCACUCAGCACCACAGACCUGUGAGUGGCCGCCAUCUUGGGUCAGUUUCACUGAGCUGUGACGGCCAUUUUGGGUCAGUAUCACUGACCUUUUUGGGGGGGCAGUACCGCUGAGCUGUGACGGCCAUCUUGGGAUCUAAGACACUGAACGCGGGUCCUGGAAAAGGAUGAUGACGAACUCUGUGAUAGAUAGACAAUCUGGCUUUUGAGAUUAAAUCAAGCUCAAUCAAAUAUUUUGUUUGUGUUGAUCCACUCGUUUUUAUGUUACUAUUUGAUUAAAUUGAGGGAAUAUUUCCAUACGUAACCAUUUUAUCACAACACAUAGUACAGUGAUCUUAAAUCAUCCGGCUUGCUAUUUGCUGCUACGGUAAAUCACAAGUUAGCCAGCUUUUCGCCAAGAGUGCCAAUGUCCUCAUGAAUCCAUUGUUUUUAGCUGAACAACAUCAACCUAAAGGGAUAGUGAAAAACAUGACACUUUGGGAUGAAAAGCAAAAAUAAAAUGUUUUCGUUGUGAAUCACUUUAUUAUUAUUUUUCGGAAAUAUGUAAAGAUUUGAUUGAUAUUUUGAAUACAUUAUGCUUUGUGAUGUCAUGUUUUUUUAUUUUUAUUUCAUUCCGUGUUUUCCGUUCUAAUGAAACUAAGCAUUUGUAUCUGGAUUCCUGUGUUGUUUUUUUUAGUACGACCCUUCAAGUGUAGGAACUUCAAGCAGUAACUUCUAAACAUGUCUCUAUAUUCCUACUCAACAUACUAUGUAAUUGGUGCCUGGUGUUUGUGAGUUUAAGUGAGGGUGUAAGUGGGGUUGCGUGAGAGCUGAGGCUAACCCUAAAGCGAUACAGGUGUGGAGGAGUGUGUUGAAUUGAUCGUUUCAGAUAUUCGGAUCAGAUGUAUUAAAAUGAAGGCAAGUGUAAUCAUCUAAUAAAAUGGGUUUUUCUUCAAA